AUGUGCCCCAAGCCGGCUGAGGCUUAUCCGAAAUAUGUCAACGGUGCAGUCGGGUUGACAUCGUUGACGGUGACCUCAGCCAUCCUCGCCCUGCUCAUUGGAGGCAUCCUUGCCAUGGUCUUCCUGGGAAACGAGGUGAACGCAUCUGUGGAACGCCAUGUGUACUUGCUCUACCGGCAGCGCAGCCUGAUGCUGGCCACGAGGUUCGACCCAGCCGCAGAGAAACAGAAAUGCAAAGCCAUGCACAAGGAUCCUGAGAAGCUGGCGCAGUGCACGGAGCUCAUCAGCGGAGUGUGUGAAGAGCUGGAUUUCGAAGGCAAGGUGAAGCCCCUGACGCUCUUCGGGCUCCGACUGGGCUGGUCCUUGUGCCUCGGACAACGGUUUUCAGUUUCUGUACCGGUGAAGAGGCUGAGUCUGGGCAACCGUGUAAUGAAAGCUCUGCAGAAUCUUGCUACCGGGAUUGCUACCGGGGGCUUUGUUUCUGCCGAUGCCAAAAUUGGAGGCUUCGGGAAGCACUUUCUACGACUGCGGCCGCGUCUCACCCAGAAGUACACCGGGGCCAUCUUGGCAGAUUUUGACUAUGUCAUACCAAAGACGCAGACGUUCGCCUUCCGAACUGCGUCGCAUCCGCCAACAUUUCUCGUUGGCAUACAGCCGCAGCAGCCGCAUACAAGCGCUCAAUGGCAGGUCAGUCUCCAUCCAGCUGGCAAAAGUGGCUCCUUGGCGUCCUCUCCUCCUACCCUGAGCCAUGGCUGGGGUAGCAGGUAUCAGGUCGUCACCGAAAGAAGAGAGGAGCCCGCAUGGGAGGGCUUCGUGAAUCUCAAAUCCAAGUACGCCGACGAGACGCGCAUUGACGUCUUCGUUGUGGAUUCUCGCAUUGCCCACCUUGAGGACAUCCACCAGCAGAAGCAGUGCAGCUUCGAGGGCAGCUGGCAGAACUUCAGUGAGCGCGAGCAGGGGAGACACCACAGGGUUCUCUCCUUUACGGAAAGUGCAACUGGCUGUUUUCUCCUAGUCCAGCUUGUCCUGGCUGGGGUCGUGCUGCGGCGCUUCUUCUUAUUUGUUGACACGGGCAAGCUUCUGAGCCGAGUGAUUGUCUUCAAGUUUUUUGCGCAGGAUUUCCCGCAACAGAUGUGCAUUGCGGCCUACCUGUAUGCCUGGUAUGCGGAGAAUGGGCUCCGGUGUCAAAUGUGCUUAUUCCAUCCGUCUCACUGCGAUGAUCAGCAUCCACUUCACUCCACAAACCUCUUGGUCUGCCUCUUCACCCUGCUAAGUGCUGUGGCAAACCAGUUGCUGUUCCAAGCCAGGCUGAAGCCAGGCUAUGACAGCGAGGACGAGUGCGUCGUGUGCUUCUUUCGCUUUGUCAUGGUCUCCGUGAGUAUAUUGCCGUUCACCACGGCCAUGUGCAUGCUCUCUGCAGUCUUACUGCAUCUGAAGUCUGUACUGAUCUACUUCCUCAUCGGUGUUCCAACAGUUCUUGGUUGGGGGACAAUAGUUUGUGUGCCGCUCUUUGUCUGCUGUGAUGACGAGCUGUGA